UUUCUCGUAGCGCACAUGCAUUGUAGCGCCAAGAGUGAGCGAGUGAAACCGGCUUUAAAUAAACACAUUCAGUGCGAAUAGCUGGUAUUCGCCUUUAAGGUCUCUUGCAGAGCAGAAGUAAAUUGGGAUUUAGCGCAACUGUUCGAUUUUGCGAAAACUUACGAGUAAAACUGAGAAUUUUUCAACAACUUGUGAAAUUUGUUAAAGAAAAAUAUAUCAUUAUCUGCAGAUAUUUGAAAAAGAACAAAUCUUUUAAUAUCAAUCAAAGCAUUUUUUCUAUUUAAACCGCACCCACUGCGAAUGAAACAACCAAAGAGCAUUUUAGUGCUACAAUAAUCACAGGAACAACAUUUUUUUGUUGGUUAUAACACCACACAUAUUAACUAAAAGCAAGAAAACACGAAUAAAAAUCAAACUUUUGCCAAAAGUAGUCAAGUAAAAAAGUAGCUAAACGCGAAAAAGUUGCGUGAGGCACGCAACGAAUUGCAAUUUUCAGCCAUAGAAAAUUUGUGAAAACCUUAAGUGAAAAUUUUUAACGGCGAAACAGAAGCAAAUACACAUAGUGAAAGUCACAAAAGCGUACCCGCACUUCACGUACUGAAUACAUUUGAAAAAUUACAACAACAACAAGUAAAAAAGCGAAAUAAAUUUUUUCCUGUACACCAAUUGCAUUUCUCGAGGGCAAAAUUGGUGCUGCAAAUUGUAUUCGCUUAGCUACCCAUACGCCACACGGCACUGACCAUAAAAUUGGUUCAAUAUUUACAGCAAAGCAACGCAACAACGGUGAUAGUAACAGUGAUACAAACAGAGUCCAUACCGACGACGACAACAACAGCCUUAAAAUGACAAGUGCAACAACCACAAAUCUAAAUCGCUCACAUAGUUUUGUGAAUGCGCUCAAGUGGUGGCCACUCCAGGGUCACAACCAUCAGUCGAACAAUGCAGCAGCAUCGGCAAAUGGCAGCGGUGGCACAGGAGGAGGCGGUGGCGGCGGCGGCGGUGGCGGUGGUGUUGUCGGCGGUGGCGCCAGUACGGCCAGCGGUUUAAGUUUAUUGGCGCAUUUACACAGUAAAACUGCGACUUUUGGCAGUUCGGUUGCAGUGCAAAAGCUGCGCGAAUCCAAGUGGUUCAAACGCGAUGAGCAACGUAUUUUCUGUGCUGUCGUCGAAUGUGGCUUCAUUGUCGAAGUGCGCAGCGCAAACACCAACAACAGUACAACUAAUAAACGUACUAUGCGCAGCAAUAGCAGCGGCAGCGGUGGCAGUGGUGUCGACGAAUAUGAUGUGGACGAUGACAAUGACGAUGAGGAUGAGGUGGCGCUGCAGCUGCCACUGCGAGCGCAGGAUGAAAACGAAACACCAAUGACGUCAUGGUUCGGCAUUGUCCUGUGCAAAACGGCAAAAGACAAUAAACCCAAACCUGAAACCAUUGAAGUAUUCACCGUAAAAAUUCGUGAGAACGGUACAUUCAAAAUGGUCAAACUAACGCUUGAGGAUAUCUGGAAUCAAGGCUGGGAACUUCGAAUUAAUAAUUUCGCCGACAAGGAAAAAUCAGCGCAUAACGAAAAGGACAUACGCAAUCAGGUGUCGUUUGCGCGCAAGGCCAGGCAUAGUUUGUGGAACAACAACAAGCAUUUUGUUUAUUGGUGUCGCUAUGGCAGUCGUCAGCAGGAUGUGCGGAAGCGCCAGAUGUCCGAGUGCGUUAAGUGGGGCAGCGUAGGCAUGAACGCCGGCAUGCUGCUGCUGAUGAACAAGCAAAAAUCCUACUCCACAUCCAAGUGAGCGGAUGAUCUGCCUGUGCGGCUAGCAGCGUAGAGGUUUUCAGAUUUCAGCAAUUCCACAAAUCCAGUGAGGAGAUUCGCGCUUGCAAUCAAACGAUCAAUCAAACAAAAUGGAGAGAGAUAAAGUGAAAAAUAUUGUACUGAAGACAAAAAAAACACAAAACAAAACAAAACAAAAAUGAAAAGACCACAAAAAUUUUAAUAUAAAGAACGUGUAUGGCACUAAUAUUAAAGUUGCAUUGAUUUUAUGAGCAUAUCUACAUACAUACCUAUGUAUGUAUGUAUGUAUAUGCUUAUGUAUCAACAUUCAUACAUAUGUAUUUGUGUGAUAAUGCAAUGUUUGUAGGUGAUUUGCUGUGCGAUUGAUAUUGAUAUUGUUAAAAACACACGCAACUGUAUUCAGUGAUAAAUUUUUAGAAAUUUGGCGCUCGAAGCUCUAUGAAAAUUGUUUAUAAAAAAUAUUAUAAAUUAAGUGCGCAGGCGCCAGUGAAUUGUAAAUUACAUGCACAUGCGAAGAAGGAACAAGUAUUUAAUUUUGUCGAAAAAACCCAAAGCAAAUGUUUCAAAAUAAAAAAUGCAAUUAUUUGAAAAUCACAAAUGUACUUCAGAGCAAAAAAAAAAAAAGCAAAUAUAGCAAGGAGCUAAGUUACCAAGGUAUUAUGAAUGCACAGAGCAGCAGUUUAAGUUAUUUAUUUUUUAUUUUUUAUUAUUUCCUUUUUUCUUAAGUUAGAUAAGUUGCGCAAUUGUGGUCAAAUCACGCGAGAGGCAGAGAAUACACGUUCUCUUAUUUUUCGUCUUUAUUUUCCUGGUUGCUGAUGAUCGCUUUGGUUGCAUAUACAUACAUACAUAUGUACAUGCAUGUAGUAUGUAUUCUAGAUAUAUAGUAGUGAGCGCGAAUCGAUAGCCGAACCCUAGGUGACCCAGGUGAUGAUACAACAUUCACAUACAUAUGCACAUGCAUACCUUGUUAAUAUAUAUUACUCACAAACAUACAAAUGUAUGUAUAUCGAUGGUACUCUGCAAUAACGAAACAACUCGAAAUUUCAUAUAUUUCAGUAGAGCCAAUUAAAGAUUUUUUUGUUUCGUAACUUAGCAAUAAUAUGUCUUGGAACGUAAUUUUUCAAAUUAUGACUUUAUCUAAAGAUUUAGUAAAUGUUGGGCUGCAAAAAUACGAAAUAAGUAACAACUAACUAGUAAGUAGUAAAACGAAAAAAAUUCCAUUUGUAUUGCUGAACAACGGCACAAAACGAAAAGUGUCGUUAUUUCACAUAACAGCACGACUAACCUAUCGAGAGUUUUUGACUUAUGCCUCUGCCGGAUUGGUAACCACUCGAUUUGGCACAGAAAAAUAUGGUUAGUUAUAAACCUAAUCUGCUAUAUAUGUAACUAAAAACUAUGAAAUUUUGAGUUGUGCCGUUAUUGCAGAGGACCGUCGAUAUGUUGUCACCCUUAAUUCACAAAUGCCCUAACGAAGAAUUUUUUUUAUUUUACAGGAGAAACAAAAAAACACUUUAAAAGUAGUAUCACUCACAGGUAGGACCUUUUAAAAAGUGAUGUCCAACUCGUAGUUUUUGGUACUAACACUUUUAAAUUUUUAUUGUAGGUGUAUUUUAAUACAUCCUACCAAAA